GUUUCUCUUCACUUCGACUUUGACAAAGCCAAAAAUCCAAAUAUGUUUCCAUGGUGAUGAGAUUUACCUUUAUAAGGUUUCAAUCAGUUUAGCAUACAUUUUUAUCGUUAAUUAACUUAAAUUUUUAGUCCUCAGAAAAUGUCAGGUGGUGAAGGAUCUUCAUUUGAUGAUGGAAAUUGUGAUGAUCAAUUGAGAAGGAGGAAUGGGAUUGGGAUCUUUAAGACAGUGGAGAGAGAGCCGUCCAAUGGAGCUGGGAAUUCCUUAGUGAAGACAAUCACGAAACAAAAUGAUCUUGGAAUUUCUUUUACCAUAAAGGAAAUUAGGGGCCCUGUGGAGUUGAAGUUUGUUAAUGCUUUUCGACAAGUGCUGAUAAAGGAGAACCUGCUUCCUGCUUUGCAUGAUGAUAAUCUCAAAUUAUUAAGAUUUCUGAAAGCUAGAAAGUUUGACAUUGAGAAGGCAAAGUGCAUGUGGACAACUAUGCUUCAGUGGAGGAGAGAUUUUGGAACUGACACUAUAAUCAAGGAUUUUGACUUCCAUGAAAGGGAUAAAGUUCUGCAAAACUACCCUCAGGGUUAUCAUGGCACAGAUAAGGAAGGAAGACCAGUUUAUAUCGAAAGAUUGGGGCUAAUGAAUGUGGAAAAGCUUUUGGAAGUGACUACUUUGGAUCGAUAUGUUAAAUAUCAUGUUCAAGAGUUUGAGAAGUCUAUUGCCUUCAGGUUUCCUGCCUGCUCUGUAGCUGCAAAAAGACAUAUAGACAGAAGUGUAACCAUUUUGGAUGUCGAAGGAGUGAGUUUAAGGAAUUUCUCAAAACCUGUACGAGAAGUCAUUUUGCGGCUGCAGAAGAUUGAUAAUGACUUUUACCCUGAAACACUUGGCGAAAUGUUUGUCAUAAAUGCUGGACCUGGAUUUAGGCUCAUUUGGAAUAUACUCAAGCCUUUUCUUGACCCUGAAACUACUUCCAAGAUUCAUGUUCUUGGCAACAAUUAUAAAGGCAAACUGCUCGAAAUCAUCGAUGAAUGUGAGUUGCCAGAUUUUCUAGGCGGCAGCUGUACAUGUGAAAAUGAUGGUGGUUGUUUAAUGUCAGAUAAAGGGCCGUGGAGAAAACUCAAGAUAUCACUGAUGAACUGUGGAAGGGAAGCAGAGUGUUUAGACAAUACAGCAGAGUGUUUAGACAAUAAAGUGGCAACAUUGGACCCUGCGAGGCUAUCAGUAGGAGGAAAUCAGGAAAAGAUGGUAAGGUGUUGCGAAACAUAUGCUGCUGAAACAGGAUUUGAAUGUGAAGAAGGUACGUCUAGCAAUGUUUCUUCGUAUAUAUGUCACUGUCCAGUUUGUGAAGAAGUAAGCUGUACGUGAUGGUGAUUCGAAUCCAAGAGUACUCACUGCACAAGUUUAUGAAAUUUGGGAAUAGUAGAGUGGUCUCUGAUUUAACCAUUAUUAUUUGUAACUAUCAGUAUAUAUCGUUUUAUAACACAUCAAUAUAUUAUUGUUGUUUGUUCAACA